GGCAGUACUCGAGCAGUAACCGCUUCUUGUGGCCAAGAACAGUUAGACUGGCCCUAGGAGGGAGAGGCAACAGCUGGGGGAGCCAUAGCAACCGCAGAUAAACAUGAGUUACUAUAUCAGACCCUCCAGCUCGAGCAGCUUCUCCUCCACUGCCACUGCCAGUUCUCUGAAUGAUGACGGCAAUAGCUUGAGACAGCAGAAGCUGGAGAAACAGAGAGCGCUGUUGGAGCAGAAGCAGCGACGAAAGCGCCAGGAGCCAUUGAUGGUGCAGCCGAACCCAGAAGCUCGUCCACGCCGCUCUCGGCCGCGCCGCAGUGAGGAACAGGCUCUACUUGUCGAUUCCCGCCUCAGCAUCACCAAUGAUGUCAUCUUUGAUGCAGGUAUCGAUGGACCUGCAGCUUUUUUGGGUUCAGAGGCUUCUGAUCUGGGCACAAAGAUCCAAGUGCAGUCAGUCAGCCCGCCACAGAAUCCCUCUCCCCCUCCAUCUGAGGAGCCUGAGAGAGAUGGAGACACUGAAACAUUGCUGGAGCCCAAAACGGACAUACACACACUGCUACAAAGACGGGGACUUUCAGACAGCAUGAACUAUGAUGAAGUCAGUGAUGAUGAUAACGAUGAUGAAGACAGAGCCAGUUCUCUUUCCCCUAAUACGGAGUCCACACGUCCUGCCUCCGCAUCUAGCACCAAGUCCAGCACAGAGUGUGUGACUGUGGCCUCACCCACGGCAGAAGGCCCCUCCAUUGAGGUGGACAAUCUGGAGGAAUUUGUGCUGCGACCGGCCCCCCGUGGCGUUACAGUAAAGUGCCGUAUCACGCGUGAUAAGAAGGGAAUGGACCGUGGGCUAUACCCCACCUACUUCAUGCACCUGGAGAGAGAGGAUGGCAAGAAGUUGUUCCUGUUGGCUGGUAGAAAGAGGAAAAAGAGUAAAACCUCCAACUAUCUGAUAUCAGUAGAUGCCACAGAUCUGUCUCGCGAGGGUGAGAGCUUUGUGGGAAAAUUGAGAUCGAAUCUGAUGGGGACUAAGUUCACUGUGUAUGAUAACGGAACAAACCCCAGCAAGAACUCUGGAGCUCUGCUGGAAGAGAGCAACACACGGCAGGAACUAGCCGCUAUCUGCUACGAAACCAAUGUACUUGGAUUUAAAGGCCCACGCAAGAUGACCGUCAUCAUCCCCGGCAUGAAUAUGAACUUCGAGCGGGUUCCUGUUCGUCCCACGAAUGAUCAAGAGUCUUUAUUGAGUAAAUGGCAGAAUCGCUCACUGGAGAACCUAAUCGAGUUGCACAAUAAAGCUCCGGUGUGGAACGACGAUACACAGUCCUAUGUGCUCAACUUCCAUGGAAGAGUCACACAGGCUUCUGUCAAAAACUUUCAGAUUGUCCAUGAUAAUGAUCCGGACUACAUCGUGAUGCAGUUUGGACGUGUUGCUGAGGAUGUGUUCACAUUGGACUAUAACUACCCCAUGUGUGCACUGCAAGCCUUCGCCAUCGGCCUGUCCAGUUUUGACAGCAAACUGGCCUGCGAGUGAUUCAUGCUAUCCCUACCUUCUUCGUCUGUAACUCAUGUGACCACACACUCCCUUGAUUCAUUCAUUCCAUUCAUUCCAUUCAUUCCAUAGCUGGGACAGUUCUUCUCCUAUUUUUUUGGUCUCUCCUCUCUAAAACUCGACCAUCCUCCUUCACUUCUAGUCCAAAUUUUAUGCAUCAGCUCUGAUUACAAACCCAAAGUAACAGAAAAUACACAUCUUACAAAAAUUCCUGCCUCCUAAACAACAAGAUUUCAUCAAGGAGAGAAAUUAAAAGGAGUAUUUAUUUUGUAAAUUGCAGCGUUAAUCAGAAUAUGAUUAGUUCUGUAGUGAGGUGAGGAGUGAUAACAUUCAGCUCUAGGGGCUCGACUUACUCCUAAGACUUACACACAGUCCCCUGUCGAAUAUUUUCUGAUUGUGAGUUCACUAGAUUUAAUAUUUUGUCAAUUUGUUUAGACCUAAUUAUCACCAGCCUGGAAGGUAAAAAAAUUUUCAGUAGAUUUUUUUUUUUCUUUAGACUCAAAAGCCAUAAAACCAUUUGGAAGAAUGUAGUAUGUAAAUAGGAAACAACUGGGUCACUUUGUUAAAAAAGAAAAAAAAAAAGAAUGGAAAGCUUUUUAUAAGGGAAAGCCAUCAUAUGUAUACCAGCUGCUCUGAAUGUGUUCUGUGUUAACGUGUGUCAUGUCAGCUCUGUUUUACAUCAGCACUUCAUGGCUAUAAAAGAUGCAGUUCAGUUUACAGUUGACCAACGGCAAAGGGAUGUUUAUCCCCCUGUUCGGCAGUGUGAAUAGCGCUUUGGUGUUUGUUACGCUUUGAUUGGUCUUAUAUAGCUCUUAAAUUACAUCUGUUUUUAAACAUACUCAGAUUUUAAAAUGCGGUUUUGUGUUGUGAUAGUGGAUUUUUACUGUGGUUUCGCAUAUUGCUGAUUGUUUGUGUUAAAAUAUGUGGCAAUGUUGGAUUUUUUUUUUUUCUCUUUAGAAACCUGUCAUGACUCACACCCCCCUUACUUUUUUUUUUUUUUUUGGUAAACUACAUGUUGAAGUGAACAGAGCUGAUAGAAGAGCAUCUUGUCCCUUAAAUGUACACCAAUCAGGUACUACAAUCAGGUAAACUAGACUACUGUGCUCCCUUCCUUACAUUUCAAACAGCCUGUUUAUUUUUCCUACACCAUCCUUAAAUAUUUACUUAGUUUUUCAGAUAUAUUAAAUUAUGAUGGCUCAGCA